GCACCUUCCGUUACAAGUCACCACUCUCCGGGGGUCCAUCCUUCUCUGUCAGCAUCAUUAUAAGAUCCCGCCCACCUUCCGAAUUAAGUACUACAAGAGUAUAUAGAGGUUGAGUCGACGAGCGACUGAGGUACUACGGAGCACAGUGAAAACCCCAGGCAAGAUCGCCCUCGUGUCAGUGCUUUUGAUUCGCUCAUCAUUUGAAAAGGACUUGUGUGGUUACGCGUCUCUGACAUAUCCAACAGGUUGCCACAAUGGGGGAGAGAGUCAUGCGGUCGAGAAUCUGCGUCAUCGGGCUGCUGGUCCUGAUGCUGACGCACUCCGAGGCCUACAGUUUCCGGGAGAAGAGCUGGCGAACAUCCCCGUACUACCGGCAGUACGGCGGCUACUUCAGAAGAAGAGACGGAGGCGACCAGGCACCGUCGUUCACGUCGACAGGAAACGGCGAAAACGUCAGUACCGGGCUCGACGACGAUGCCGGAAUCUACCUGUCCGACCAAGCGGGCGAUGAUGGGAUCUCCCCGGCUGACAAGAGAUCGGCGAUGCUGCAGCAACUCGCCCAACAGUUGAAGAACCGGCCACGGGAAAAGGGGGGCUUCACUUUUAGGUUCGGGAAAAGGGAAUCGCGACGUAGUUUUGGGUCAGAUUAAAAGAAAUGUAUUACCGACGGUAAUAAUACCGGAAAAAUAGAUUGUAGAAUAGUGGUGAAGAAUUGUCCAUGACAUCCUCGUGAGUGUUACAUUGAAUUGUCACUGCAGUCUUCAAAGAAUGAAUAGUCACAUACCUCAGCAGAAACACCUUUUCCCAUGGCCUUCGAUCAUGCCACGGAAAAUGUAUAAUUAUGUACGCUACAUUUUUUCCUUGUCAGACUUAAGGAAGUUCAAAGA